AUGGUGAUGGGGCCAUGACAAAUGUCCAUAUUCCACACAAUCACAAAUUAUACCAACCAUUUGUUCUUUCUUUCUUUUCUUUUUAUGUCACUUUUUCUCAAGUAUUUCUUCUCUUCUACUCAUCCUAUAUAUUUUUUUCCACUGCCAUCACUACUCUAGCACUUAAUUGAUUUUCUUCUUUUUAUUCUGUUUUUUCUUCGCAUUUUGGAGAUACCCAUUUGCCAGAAAGGGCUAUAACUAAGCCUACAUGUGAAGACUUUUUUUGCUGAAACUAGAAUCUGUCUGGUAAUGGGGAAAAGCAAUCAAAGGUGUCAGCUUAAUUGAUUAUUGGUGCUUUCAUAUUGUUUCUCAGAGUAAGACAUAUAUAACAAGCACCUGCAAUGGGUUCUGCGGACUGGCUUAAGAAUGUAAUUGGUAUGAGAAAAGCGAAGGAUGGGAAAUCUAAAAAAUUAAAGGGAACAUCAGCAAUCAAAAAGUCUAAUGGAUGCAAAGGGGAUGAACCCCUGCAGAAAGAGCCUUCUAAAAUAACCAAUGGUGUCUUGAUCAAGAAUCAGAGGGAACUGGGAAUGCCUAUUGAUGACAGAGUAGCUAUUAAGAUUCAGACAGCAUUCCGUGCUUACGUGGCUAGGAAAACUUUACGUCGAUUGAAAGGAAAUGCAAGGUUACAGUUCCUGACACAACAUCCGUCGGUGAAAAAACAAGCUUCAUCAGCUUUGAACUAUAUCCACUCGUGGAACAGGAUGCAAACUGAGAUUAGAGAUCGCCGUGUCCGUAUGGUAACGGAAGGGCGUCUUGAGCGGAAGAAGCUGGAGAAUCAAUUGAAGCUAGAAGCAAAGCUUCAAAACUUAGAGGUAGAGUGGAGUGGUGGCCCAGAAACAAUGGAAGUUAUUCUAGCAAGGAUUCACCAUAGAGAAGAAGCAGCAACGAAACGGGAGCGUGCUAUGGCCUAUGCAUUUUCACAUCAGUGGAGGGCCAAUUCCAGCCCAGUAUUUGGAUCGUGUCAUGAAAUGAGCAAAGCUAAUUGGGGCUGGAGCUGGACGGAUCGCUGGGUUGCUGCUCGACCAUGGGAAAGCCGAGUUCCUGUUCUCACAAGUCCAAAGAAAGUCAAUGGUAAAGCAAGUAAGACCACUAAAAGUAGUACUACUCCGACAAAGAAAACACCAAUUUCUGUUAAAUCGAAUUCGCCUCAUGGGAAAGGCACUGUAAAAGCUAAAAAGUCUAAUGAAGUAGCCGAUAAAGUAGCUGCACAAAAGGUGAGCAGCAAAGUUAAGGAGACAGGCACUGAGAAACAAGAGGUGGUAGUUGAAGCCAACUGAAAUGGAUAAGAUGUUGAAGCCAAGAUAUUUGGGUUUUUCCAUAUUACUAAGGAUGGGGGUGAAGAAAAAUAUCUUGUAAGUUAAUUUAAUCGCCGAGCAUGACUUGAUGGAUGUGGAGUGCUUUGUCUGAGAGUCGGCCAUUGUUUUUCUUUAUUUUUCCAAAUUCUUCUUAUCAUAUGUUUAUCUGAGAUGAUAAGUUAUGCAUCAUAGGUUAAAAUGUGUAUAGAUGUCAUAUCUCAUUCAAGAGUAUUUAUAUUAUAGCUUUGAGUGCCCGGAAUAAUCCUGUUCCGAUGUCUAUUUAUUGCGGGGUGCCUUUUUAUUUGUAUAGAUUGUUUUCUUCCUUGCCAUUCACAAGGCAAUUACAUGUCUAUCGUAAACAACCUUUCUAUUUUCUCGA